AUGCCGAGUCUCUUUUCGCGAAUAAGGGGCAAAGAUGGCCAGGGUAAACCCAAAAAGAAGAAGACCGGCCUGGAUGAUCUCGCGGGCCACGCUGACGCGAAGCCGCGCUGGGACGAUGCAUACGCACGAACAACAGUAGAGCCCGAGGAAAUCGCAAAUCUGGUCAGAUGUUGUACGCUGGAACUCAAGGCAAGGGCUCUGGAUCAUCCGUUUCUUCUUCUACCUUUCCGGCCAACUUCAGACCCGAGCGCGGUCCGCAUUUUUAUACGUCAUUUCUUCGAUGCGAACCCAACACCCCAAGGAGAAGCACUGGCGCAAGAGCUUCGUAUGACUGAGCCCAUGGUAAUUUCGGGUGUAUUAAAAUGGUGCUGGAGCAGAGUCCAAGGUGGUGUGGUUGGUUGGGAUGCUUACGAGCUCUUCAAAGUUGGCGAGCAAGACUCCAAUUUGGCUCGCGAUGCCUUCACCACCUUCAUUCCUCUAAGUGUUGAGAACGAGGCGCGUUCCAGUAUUAUUUUUGACUAUUUUGAUCUCAUGUCGGCGGUUGCAGCCCACGGCAAAACCAAUGGUUUCAGCGGGCGCAAGCUUUCGCGCAUGGCAUCCUGGUGGGCUUUUGAAUAUAAAGACACAGGCAACGGUUUCGACGGUGGUUACAGGUUCUGGCUGACCGCGGCUGAUGCCACAAGCCAUAUGUUCUUCGCAUACCUGCGAUCCCUGGCCCCUCAACCUACCGUCGGUGGUAUUUCCAUGCUUCCAAGAUCACUACAGAAACUAUUGCAGGAAACCGAGUAUCCACCACACAACCCGUCUUUGAUGCAGUCUUCUACAUACAGGGUCAACAUGAUCGUGGAUACUGUAUCCCCAACGCCAUUUGCGCUGCUACGACGUGCCAACCACUUCCAGUACCGCGAUACUGACAAGGCAUUGCACGAGUUCUCCGAGUACGAAGACCCUAUUCAGGCGCUUACCGAGGAAUGUCGCAGAGUGCUCAAGGCUAUUUCCUUGGCAAAUCAAUCCCAGGUCUCUAGCUCCAAACACUCGACGGGAUUGCGGGAUGCAUCAUGGUCACGUUUUGAGGACAUAGGAUUUGGAGGCGCCCUGGAGGAAGAGGACGAUGACGACGAACUGCCCAAAAGCCAGCCGACGCGAGGUCUAAGGACGACACCUGCAUCUGGGGCCCAAGGAGGAGGUCGGCCGACCACCCCAUCGUGGGCUGAUUUCCUAUCUUCCGGCUUUGUGGACGACUCGCCGCACAGCCCGAAUAUGUUGCUGCCUCCGGACAAGGUUUUGCCGCCGAUUGACGCAGGUGUGCGCCAACGCAGCGCGCAAUCUCACCGCCCGCGCCUCGAGUCUAACCAGCAUCUCGAGCCCGGUGAGCUGGCCAGUAUCACCAGAUUCGAUCUUGAUGAUGCUUUCUGGUGGGUGUGGAUGAGCAGUCUAGCGCCCGAGGAGACUGCCGAGCGAAAGUCCGCCUUUGGUCGUUGCGCCGUCAUCGAGACCGUGAUCAGAUCGGGCAGAUGGCUGAUCAUGGAGGAAACUGUCAAGGGCGCAGCGGCCGAACCAGAUGCCAAUGCGUACUUGGCUGAAAAGAAGGGAUUCUUCAGCUGGACCCGACGCAACAAGGGGGUUUCGCGUAGUAAGUCGACCGGAAAACAGACCCUUGACAAGCACAACCGGCUGAAGCCUGGCGCGACCAACGGAGCCGGCUUGAGCAAGACGAGUAUUGGCCCCGACCAACAAGCAAAGAUUCAGGCUGCAGCGCAGCAACUUCAAGCGAAACAAGCUCAGGAACAACAGGCUGCGACUAGUCUCCCAGAACGCCGCGGACGCACAGAUGUAGAGGUUAUGAGGGAGAAGACUAACAGUGUUCUUACCUUGCAGCCCGUUAUCAUGAAAGAGGCUUCACCGGCAAUGAAAUGGGCCAACAAGUACGAUAAAGACGCUAUUCGUGAGGCUUACCUGGGAAACAUCAACGCCGGUCGUGGAUUGGGCCAAGCCACCAUGCAGACGAACGGGCAUGCCGACUAUGAUGCUGCCACGAAUGGAAACCGUCUGCCCGACUUGCCUGAAAAGUCUCCAUCAGCCAUCUCACUAGCCAAACCACAAUCUCCCGUCAUCGUUGAACCAGAGGCUCCGCAGCAACUAGUAGAGCCAGCCGUCCAGCCAGAAGUUCCGUCGAAACCGGUUCGAGAUGUUCAGACGGGUGGUACUGGGCGCGAUUCUCCUCUGCCUCCGCCUCCCACCGACUUUGAUACCAUGCGGGUGGCAAUGGCAUCGCCAGAGCCGGGCUCCAGCCCUGACAACAAGAAGCCCAAGAAGCUCCACAAGGAAGAGAAACGUGGAGGGGGUGGCCUGCGCAAGCUCUUCAGUCGCCGGAACCGGGCUUCCAAGCUCCCAGAGAACGCCACGAUGGACCUCAACACCAUGCUGGCCCAGGACACGGUACAACCCAUCUCUGCACAAGCCGACAUCAAGGCAUCAAGCAAUGCUGCACUUGCAGCUCCGGCGGAAGUGAAGGAAGAGGAUAUCACCCCGGUCCAGUCUCCAGUAUCGCAAGCACCCCACGAAGCAGCUUACGAAGCAUCUGUUGACGAGAAUGUUUCGCGAAUUGACUCAGCCGAUGCUCACCACGCCAAUGACGAGUUCUCCCGUUUUGACCAAGGCCCUUUGACUGACCAGCCGGCAUUUGCGCCCGAGGAAGAUGACAGCGAGGAUGAUGCCACGCCGCCACCGAUCGCUCGUCAUGCUCCGGACCACAGCCCUCCGAUGGCCGACGAGAGGCUUUCUGAAGAAGGAGCACCUUCACCUACUGUGCCAAUGCAGGACAGAUGGGCACAAAUUCGCAAGAACGCAGCUGACCGGGCUCGUCACAGCGAGGAGCAAAGCAGAGGCGGGUACAGCAAGACAACUGAUGAUGACGAAAACACCAGUGGCGAAGAGACGAUCGAGUCUCGCGUUGCCCGUAUCAAGGCUCGAGUCGCCGAAUUGACAGGCAAUAUGGAGGGCACGACUGGACCCGGCAGCUACACUCCUCCGAGACGCUAG